CCCCGGUAACCACCCUCAGGCAGUUACCGAUGUGGAACAGACAACAGGACCAGCAGCAGCAGCAGCAGAAGAGAAUGACAGUUGGAGUUCUCCUCUUCUGACUGCCUUUGCUGGCUCAAAUCUGUUUCUCUGUGUUGGUUCUUUGGAGAAGGGCUUGGACAUUGACUCGGCCGAUGAGCAGAAGCCAACGAGAAAUGUUGAGGAUUGAGCGAAUGCGAGGUGAGGUCCGGAGGCGAGGCACCGAGGCGGACCGACAAAGACUCACUGAAUCGUCUGUCACGGACUCGCUACAUGUAUGCAUGCAUGAAGACUAUGGCGGGUCUUUGGUAGUUUAAUCUAAAAUUCGGCUCUCGCCAAAUCUGAGUCUGCACUCCAGUAAAGCAUCUGGUGAGCAGGCAGGGUCGCUUCUGGGAAACGCCGGUAGCGCUCUGUUGAGCUCUUGUACAAGGAUCUCGAUUCCUCAUGAUUCAAAUCAUGAGAUCCCAGUAUCUUUUGCUAUUUUCCAAGAGACUGAAGAGGCUGCCAAGCAUUUGAGUGUCAUAGACUCCAAAGCCUAGCAGGCGUACACCCCCACAGGUGCACUUUAUUUCAAACUCUUGCACAAACUGCUGCGAAGGAAAGAAGAGAAUCAAUGAAAGUCAGUGCUCCCGACUGUGAUGCGAGGCUACUGUGGGAAUCCUUUCGGUCCCACAAAAGGUCCAGCCCGAACUUCAAAACCUCGUACUCUGAGCUGGGCUUACACAGAACUUACCCAAUUUAUCUUUUGCACCUUUUCGGACCCCAGUCAUGAUAUCUCCACCAAACUUGGCAAGGUACUCCCAAGUCACACACAUCCGGUCGGUUCGUUGCAGCGGGCUCUCGCCGCUCUUCCAACAAAAGAGCUUGGAAAGGUUUCUUCUGAUGGUGUGUGCCAUCUCACGGCCAAGUUUAAGGUCCAUAUCUGGGUCUCGGCCCAUGUGGCUCGCAAUGAGUGCUGUGGAUUUUCAGAUUAAAUUAUGCCCAGGGUUCAUCCAUCCCUCUCUCUCAGGGAUCGGUACAAAUUUUUAUGGCACCGGAAUGAAGAACGCUUCUUGGUCAUGCCAUCCUCAAGGAUCCAGUACACAACCCACACCAAGCGCCAUUUAAGCACGACACUUCUGUUCUGCAGGUGGUGGUGGGUAGCUCUAGAAGAGUAGAAGAUCUUGCGUAAUCCAGCGGAAGUCUCACAUCGCUGGUAAACACACCGAGUGCAUGUUGUCGAGCACUCCUCCCCGGCAGCCGGCCCCGCUAAUAAUAAUGUGUUUAACAAACCUUCCCUCUCUCACGGUCAAAGCUGGAUGGCCAUACCGCCAUCGAGCAUUGACGUCUCGGCGGAAAGACCUCACGCGCAGCUCGGAGCGAGUCAAUCCGAGUCCAGUCGAGUCGGCCAUUCGAGCCUUCUACUCUAAAUUAAUCAAAACGCUUGCUCGAGAAACGCAAAAUCCAUCCGAAAUCCCACGGUCAAGGAAACAAACCAUGACAUGUCGGAAUUCACGAGCGCACUGCCCCGCUUCGUCCAUGAAAUCUCGUCGACUGUUUCAUCGCGUCCGGGCAGAAGACACAACGAUCUUUUCUGACACAACGGUGUGUUCCGCAAAGGUCACAUCGAAGAAGGCCGACGAGAAGCGCCGUGUCGCUCUCUCGUAACGCCCUGGCCGGCGAAAUUUAAAGCUUGUACAACUCCCCCACGGAGGCCGCUCUCCUCCCCGCAGAAACACCGAGAAGGAAAUCCGACACGAAACGAGGACUUUGAUUUGGCCGCUAGCUCCAUCGCGCUCGGUCUCUGAACCUUCGUGCAUGCACAUUCUUCUUC